AUGGCCGCCGUCCCGGUCCCGCCGCCGCCUCUCCUCGCCUCCCACGCGGCCGUCCGGGCCACGGCCUCCGCCGUAUCCCACUCCCGCCGGGUCCGCCUUGCCGGCGACCACCCGCCGCAGGUCGCGGCCCUCCGCCGCGGCGACUGGGUCAAGCUCAGCUGCGGCGCCAGCUUCGAGGAUGCUGUUGAUGUCAGGAAUCUCUCUCUUGUCUACACUCUUGCUGGAGUGGAUUGCAUUGAUUGUGCCGCAGAUGCAUCUGUGGUGGGUGCAGUGAAUGAGGGUAUUGAUGUAGCGGCAUCAAUUGUACCAGCAGUUCAAAGGCCAUGGGUGAUGAUUAGUGUUAACGAUGAUUGCAGAGAUCUUCAUUUCCGUAAAGCUGAGUUUGAUCCUGAGGAUUGCCCACCGGAUUGCUCAAAGCCAUGUGAGAAAGUUUGCCCGGCUGAUGCAAUAUCACUAGAGCGUUCCAUGGUUGGUGGAGAGCACACUCGAUCUGAUCCUUUACGUGGUAAAUAUGAGGGUGGUGUAAUUACAGAGCGGUGCUAUGGAUGCGGUCGAUGCUUGCCAGUUUGCCCGUAUGACAGAAUAAGAGCUGUGUCCUAUGUUCGGGACCCUACUAUGACUGCUGAAUUAUUGAAAAGUAACGAUGUUGAUGCAAAAGAGAUACAUACCACUGGAAUGGGAACUGACAUGUUCAAUACCCUCUGGGACAGCUUGAGUCGGUCCAUCAAUAAUGUGAAGCUGGUUGCAGUUAGCCUUCCUGAUAUAGGUGAAUCAACUGUUGAUCUCAUGAAUGCAAUGUACACAAUAACGGAGUCCCAUUUUAAAGGGUAUAAUCUUUGGCAGUUGGCCGGUGGCACCAACUCAUACACUAUUGAUUGCCUAAAGAAAGCUGAUCUUUUCCAAUCUAUUUCUGUUGCUGGGAUCGCAGCCUUUGAAAUGGCCAGUUCUCACCAAGCUUUAAUCGGAGGGAUUGCAUAUGGUGGCUAUGCUCGCAAGAUCGUUGGACGGGCUUUGCGCAAAAUACCAGAACAGUUUGGUCCUGUGCGCAUCGAGGAACACCCAGAUCAUCUACUGGAGGCACUACAAGAAGCCAUGUCAUUAGUAGGACCUGUGAAGGGUUAUAUAUCCAGUCCUUCCAAGCCGUUCAUAAAACAAGUGGACAGAGAAUAG